AUGACGGAGCCAAAGAAAAGACGUCGCCGGACUCAUUGGCGUGCAGCAAAGCAGCCUCGUCAUCGAGUUACUUCUGGUAUCAUCGAAAAUGCUUCAUGGAUCGCUCCAGAAGAGCAUAGAUUCCACAAGCCGUACACGAGAUAUGGCCCUGUGAAUCCGCCUAUUACAGAUCCCACCCAGAUACCCCGAGACUGGGACGGAACCGAUAAUGAUCUCGAUGAAAAGGACAUUGACAAGGUCAUUCAACGAUGCAAGGAAAGAAUCGAAGAUGGAGUCAUGCCCCACAUCUGGGAGGAAAAGCUCAAGAGAUACAAGAAAUUACGAGAGCAGGAAGACGAGGCUGUCGCGUCGGAGAACCAAGCUAUGAGUCGCAACACGGUGAUUCGAGUCAAGUAUCUCGAGAUGAUUCGUGAGCGGCUGGGAAAGACCAAGGAUUCUCAUCGUCAGGCUGUGAAUGUGAACGCUCUGAUUGACGCCUACCGCGAUGGAAAUCUCACUUGGAUGGAGGGUAUGGUCACAUAUUGGUCAUCUGGGAGGUGUAUUCAUGGGCCUGUUGAGUUUGAUGAGAGCUGGAAAGAUACGAAGAGACUGAAUGAAAGAUGUGGAGGCGAGUCCUUUUGGGUCGAAGGGCUCAACGGCCCCGGAACCCUUCCUCAGCUCCAGUAUGACUAUCCAGCCUGGAAAAGUACCAUUCAACCAAUCGCGCCUAAUGAUCACCAUCACAAUAUCAACUUUUAUCUCCGCGUUCCCGGCAGAUCGAAUAACCCAAACUCAAGCUGGAACCUCGCCAACCCCCAAUCCACCAUCAACCGCCCCUUCAUGUACGACACCGGCUCUACCCUCCCCAUGAUCUUCACAGACGACUUCGCGCUCAUGACUCUGGCCGACAACGGCCGCUGGCCCCCCUUCGUCGCUCUCGUCAUAGUGGUCGAUUGCAACGGCGGCCUCACCCUCGACGCAACCUAUCUCAUCGAGUACAACAUCCGCACGUCGAACCCGUACCAGCCAGGCACGAACCUCUUCGUGCGUCCGCCGAAUGAAUGGAUCGCAAGACAGACGAUUGUCAAAGAUACGGCGUUCAAUCCGGCUACAGAUCACCGCUUGAGUGGCAUGUGGGUGGCUAGUGUGCUUUAUACAGGCACGGCGCCGGAUAAUAGCGGGCGAUUGUUUUUGGCCGAGACGGUGACGGCGCUGAGAAAGACGUUACCCAAGGCGAAUGUGAGGAGGGCCAUUCCUCAGCCACUUCGUAAGACAGCCAUACGAUGA